AUGGAUACAUCAUCAGCAGUCUUCCAGUCGAGCUUCUCCAUACGCUCCCUGCUUGGAGGAGUCAAGAAGGAUGAGUCCACGCCAUAUCCGCCAUUAAGUCCAAGUGGUUCCGGCUCCAGCUCCAAUUCGAGUCCCAGCUCCAGCUCCAAUUCGAGUCCCAGCUCCAGCUCCAACUCAAGUCCCGUAUCCAAGCCCGCCUUUACAUACAGCGCCCUCAUUGUGAUGGCCAUCCGGAGUAGUCCAGAGAAGCGACUAACCCUGAGUGGUAUUUGUAAAUGGAUUGCUGACAACUUUGCCUACUAUCAAAGCCAUAAGAGUGUCUGGCAGAAUUCCAUUAGGCAUAACCUCAGCUUAAAUCCCUGCUUUGUUCGAGUGCCCCGAGCCCUCGAUGAUCCCGGUAGAGGUCACUAUUGGGCUUUAGAUCCUUAUGCAGAGGAUCUAACCAUUGGUGAGACAACGGGACGUCUGCGUCGUGGUCAUAGUGGAGCCCAGCAUCUUGCAACACGAUCAGGUGUUAAAGCAUCGACGGCAUUGAAGCAUCCCAUUGCAUUGCUGCAUCCCAUGUAUCCCAGCAUCCAGGCACCGUUCGAGUUCCAGUUAUGGCCACACCCCGAGGAGGAGCAAGAGAAGCCAUCCGAGGAGCUUCAUCCCGCUGAGAUCAAGGCCAAGAAAUCCGUCAGUUUCAAUCCCAACGACGAGAAGAUUCGUAAAUUCACCACUGGUGAGCCCAUCGUUGACCAAAAGAAUCCCUUUCGUAAUGGUCAGGUGGCCAACGGACGGGAGAAGAAGACACCGCCUCCGGUGCCCGCCAAGCGUUCCACAUUGAGUGUCCGGAAGACGGUGACCCAGCAGCUAAGGGAGCGAGAGCGAGAGCGUGAAAAGGAGCGGGAGCAGCAGAAGAACGAGGCCAACUCACGCCGGAGCAGAGCCACCAAGAACUCGGCUCCAUCGACGCCCGGCGAGGACUAUGUGACCACCGAGGAGGUGCUAAAGCAAUCCAAAUAUGUCAAGACAUACAUCAAGAAUCCCGAUGCAUAUUUUGUCUACGAUCCCACGGUGCUGGCGAGGAUUAAGUUCGAGGAGCUGCAGGAGAUAGCCGGGAAGCUGCCCAAACGUAAGCAGGCAGCCAAGGAUCCGCGUGCCGGAACGAAGCAACCACGUGUCAAUCACCACAAUCAAAACACAAAUCCAAAUCCUUCCUCGAAGCUUGCCUUCAAGAAGUGCUCCAAACCCAACUAUCCAGAGUUGGCCAAUCUAAAGAUACGCACUGGAAUCUCCGAACCGGAUACCGAAGGCGCUCUCUUCCUUAACCCCGACGAGGUGACCAAGAACGCGAGGAAGUUCGACGAGCGGGUGAAGAAGCUACAAAUCAGUUCGGAUGAUGAUCUGGAUGAGAUUGACGGGCCGCUGACCAAAAGCGAGUCCAGUGACGAGCUGUCCCACAGUCCAGUGAAGCCGGUGAAGUCAGCAAUGAGUGGAGGAGCUACCACUGGUGGUUCCGGUGAGGAGUCACCGCCCUUGGUGGGCACUUUUACCAACACCAUUAGUUCUGACGAAUUUCAGGCCUAUUUGGAUCGCAAGGGACUGGCGUUGAUGCCGCGACGGGAUCUCUCAACGCCCACACUGUCGGCCACGCCCAGGGCUACACCCACAGUCACACCCACAUCUACGUCCACCACAUCGCCACCUUUGAGGACAGCGGAGGAGAGACGCCAGCAAGUGGCCGAGUCCCUGGCAGCGCUACGUAAGAGUAACACCAAAAAAUUGUCGGUUUUGCAGAGGCUUUCCCAGAGUCUAUUUCCCGCCCGACGGAAGACCAUGCCCAAGCCGGCGGCCACCAUGCCACGAACCUUGUACGGUGAUCCACCGCCAAAGGAGGAGAUACGCCGAAAAGCGGAUGCCACGACGCCCACUGAGAUGCGUCGAGUGCUUCUAGAGAGUCGACAGAGCCAGAAUCAGGUACCAAAUGGUCGUCCAGUGCAGGUGCCAGUACCGCGGCGAAUAGGGGAUUUACAGAAUAGAAAUCCCACGGUAAUAAUGCAGAGAUCUGCUCCGGAACGUCAGAGUCUUAUCCCGCGACGAAUUUCUCCUGAGGCUCCACCUGCCAGUCGCUUUGGGCGCUCCAGCUCCAUGGAUCGCAGUCAGAUUCGGCUGCUGGACAGCCAGCAGCAGCAACAGUUCCUGCGCGGCUCUCAGCAGCGCAACACCUUCUCCGGCAUUAGUGGACGCCACCGUCAUGUGAUGAUACUGGACGGUACGCCCAUUGUCCCAAUGCAGCAAGUGCAGCAGGUACAGCAGGCACAGCAGGUUCAAGUCCAACCGCCGCGCUGUCAGAGUGUGCUGGACAACAUGGUGUCCAGUCCGGGACUACGACGUGGCUACGAGAGCGAGAGCGAAGUGACGCCGGUGGUGAUGCGACGCAGGGAUCAGGGACAGAGUCAGACACCAUCACGUCGCAUUGGAGGACUGCUGACGCGCGAGGAGAUCCUCGACAAGGUCAAGGAGUUCUGCCGCAAGAGCAUCAGUCGAACACCGUUGCCGGCGGCUAAGAUGCAAAUGCAACCCAUCUAUGAGCGUCACAUGACGCCGCCCAAUGCAGAUGUCUCGCCGGUUUCCUACGCUUCUGUGGACGAUCAGGGUGCCCGACCACAGGUUCCUCUGCGAGUGCAAAGCCUGCCCGUCCAGCAGGUACGCUAUCCAACGGCUGACAUGACUGGCCCAGCGGCUGGCUCACCCAUCUACGCCCAUGUCAGCAAACGUACCAGCAUGCUGUCCAACGAUUCGGAUCAGUAUCUGUCCAGCCAGCAGUUGGGUAUGCUCGGUCGGCCGGUGCUCCUCGACCAGUUCGUGCUGGUGGAGACGGGCGAGGGGCAGGUGCAGGCCGCCCAACUGGUGGACUAUCAUCAUCCCGGCAAUCUCUAUGUGUCCCAGGGUCAGGGCUAUAUGAUGCAAGACGGUCGGACCACGCCGCUCAUCCUAGACCGUUCCGCCCAGCAGGGUAGUCAGAUUUACUGGACGCCACAGCAUAGACUCCACCAGCAGCAACAACAACAGCAGCAGCAGCAACAACAUCGUCUGUUGACAAUGCCACGGGCUCCUCGAGGCUUUCAACCAGUGGCGCCUCAAAUCAACGUGCCGGCCACCAACUGGAACAAGCAGCAGCAGGCGGCGGUGAUGGGUGGAGGACAGCAGAAAUUUGUCACGAUGGUGCCUUCGCCAAGGAAUCACAUUCAUUCCUUGGCCAAGAAUGGUAAUGCCUCCGACUGGGAGCUUAGUUCGGAGGCGGGCGAGGUGCGGCGCAUUAUGGAGAAUCACUUGUAA